CAUACAUCAUACAUACAUAUGUAAAUUCAUGGACAUAUACCCAAUACUUGGUAGCUUGUUGGGCGUUGAUACAAGCGUCACUGCGCCGGGCACAUCAGCGAGAAGUGCCCCGAACGCUGCGAGCCGGAACGAGCCGCCUGUGAAUGAUUUGUAUUCGUAUCUGAAUAAUAACAGCAGCGGUGCAGCAGCGAUGCUACAGCGCGAAAGCUUUAUGCAGUGCAGGCAUUGCAACCGUUACUACCCGACCAUACAGAAGCUGCAAGAACACGUGCGCAAGUAUUGUCUGAAGGAGAAGAAGUACAAGUGCAUAUCGUGCGAGUAUCGAUCGCGUCGUAAGGAUCAUGUUCUGCGUCAUGCCAAGCGCAAGCAUUGCGAACUAUACGAGGCAUCGCGUGACAACGAGGAGAGUCUCUAUGAGAUACGCAACGAGGACGAAGUGGAGGAUCCGCCUAGAUACGAGGAUCACACGGGCGACCAUGAUGGUGCCAUCUAUGGUGGUGGCGACGGUGAUGGAGAUAUCGAGGCUGAUGACCUUGAUGACGUCUGUGAUGAAAUGCCUGUGAAUGCGUUCCUCGACGUGGGCCCUUUCAACUUUGGCUUAGGAAGCAGAGAUCUAACAAUUACCGCUGUGCCUAUACUACAGGACAGCGAGGACGAUGAUGACGAUAACUACGACGACGAUGAGGAAGAUUAGAUGAUGGGGACAUUAGUAACCCACCACAUACAUACAUAUACAGGCGCAAUAUGUAUGUACUGUAAAUAUUGUGAAACUGGAUAUCAAGUGAUCAACCUAACAUCAAUACUAUAAAUAAGCAAAGUCGGGAUUUUAAUACUCACAUCCCCAAGAACUGUUCGAAUAUCGAAAAAAAACCCUAUCUUUUAUUUUGAAAUCAAAAAAUAUUUAGAGGUCGCUCAAAGCGCUCAA